UCCCUCCAGUCCAAGUGAGCCAGGAACGGUGACGGGGAAGAGAAGGGGCUGCCCGGCUGAACAGAGCUGUUGCAGUGAAAUUCUCCUGAUUUAUCCUGCGACUGCGACCAUGCAGCUGACUGCGACCAUGCGGCUGACUGCGCUGCUGCUCCUGGCUGCCUGGGCGCAGCUGGCUCACUGCCAGCGGCAGGACCCGUUCUACUGGCUGUCGGCUCUGCGCAGCCGGGGGUAUGCGCACGGCUCCCUGCAGGCUGACACCACCGGGGGGGAUUGCCCCGCGGAGUGCGACUGCCCCCCCACCUUCCCCGUCGCCAUGUACUGCGACAGCCGCAACAUCCAGCAGGUCCCUUACAUCCCGUCCCGUAUGAAGUACCUCUACCUGCAGCACAACCACAUCAGCGCUCUCCCCGACGGGGCCUUCGAUAACGCCACCGGGCUCAUCUGGAUCAUGAUGCACGAGAACAGCCUCAGCUCCGACAAGGUCGGCAAGAAGGUGUUCGCCAAGCUGAAGGACCUGGACCGGCUCUACCUGUACCACAACGACCUGUCCCGUGUGCCCGCACAGCUGCCCAGGUCACUUCGGGACCUGCGACUGAACCACAACCGAAUAUCCAAGGUGCAGCCCAACUCCUUCGACGGGAUGGCCAAACUGAGCGUGCUCCUCCUCAACGACAACGGCAUCCAGGAUGUGGGCGGGGCUCUGAAGGGUCUGCAGUCGCUGACGCUGCUGGACGUCAGCAACAACAGGCUGAAGAAGGUUCCGGACCUCCUGCCGGAGAUGCUGCACCAGCUCUACCUGGAGUCCAACAGCAUUGACGCGCUGCCCACCGGCUUCCUGGAUAAGUUCGUCAAGCUGCAGUACGUGCGCAUAGCCCACAACCUGCUGACGGAUGGCGGGAUCCCCCCAAACACUUUCAACAACAGCGGCCUGGUGGAGCUGGACCUGUCCUACAACAAGCUGGAGAGGAUUCCCCCGGUCAGCACCAACCUGGAGCACCUCUACCUGCAGGCCAAUCACAUCAAAGAGUUCACGUUGGGCAGCCUGUGCAGUGUGGUGGACAUGGUGCACUUCUCGCACCUGAAGGUGCUGAGGCUGGACGGGAACGAGAUCAGCCGGGAAGACCUGCCAACCGAAGCGGCUCUCUGUCUCCGCCUCGCAGCCACCAUCGAGAUGUAGUCGCGCCAAGCCACCAGCAGAGGGCGCACAAGGAAUUCCUGCUUCUGUGACUCAGCAUUCGAGACCGCAGAGACCAUCUGACUUUCACAGAAGUUAAGAGUAACAAAAAAAAAAAAAA